AGUACGUGUGCGUCUGAACAAGGACAUAAUGAAAGGCAGGAAAAACCUUAUCUUUUAACACAAAACAGUAAACUUUUAUCCAAAUUUUGAGAAACAGAGUAACCAAAAGACUGUAAUCAUAUAACCAUGGCGGUUUUGAGCUGCCAAACAUACUUUAUUAAUUCUAAAAAAAUAAUAAAGACAAAGCCAUUCAUCUGUUGCUCAUCAUUAUCAUCUCAAAACAAUGUGAAGGUAAUCAUAAAUGGAGCUGCUAAGGAAAUUGGCAGAGCUGCCGUUAUUGCUGUCACUAAAGCUAGAGGAAUGGAAUUGGCUGGCGCUGUUGAUUCUAAUUUUGUUGGACAAGAUAUUGGACAGGUUUGUGACAUGGAAGAGCCUCUAGAAAUACCAAUAAUUAACGACCUUACCAUGGUCUUGGGUUCAAUAUCUCAGUUAAAAGCAACUGGAGUAGUCAUUGAUUUCACUGACCCUUCUACAGUUUAUGACAAUGUCAAACAGGCAACAGCAUUUGGGAUGAAUAGUGUAGUUUACGUGCCCAAAAUUAAGCAAGAAACUGUCAUGGCUUUAUCUAUGUUAUGCGAGAAGGCCAGCACGGGUUGUUUGGUUGCACCAACUCUUUCAAUUGGAUCCAUACUUCUCCAGCAAGCAGCAAUUUCAGCUUCUUUUCACUAUAACAAUGUUGAAAUUGUUGAGUCUAGAGCUAAUCCAGUGGAUUUUCCAACCCAGGAUGCAGUUCAAAUUGCUAACAACCUUUCCAAUUUGGGUCAGCUGUAUAAUAGAGAUGACAUUUCUAGUGAUAUUCCGGCAAGGGGUCAAGUUCUUGGGGAAGACGGGGUGCGUGUUCACAGCUUGGUUCUACCAGGGCUCCCAUCUAGUACAUCAGUUUACUUCUCGAGGCCAGGAGAGGUUUACACACUAAAGCAUGAUAUCACAGAUGUGCAAUGUCUCAUGCCAGGCCUGAUUCUGGCCAUUAGAAAAGUUGUUCGCCUCAAGAACCUGGUCUAUGGCUUGGAGAAGUUUUUAUAAGAACAGAUACUAAGAGGCUAAAGGGACCAUAGGCAACACUGAGAUAUCUUGUAAAGAGUACAUGAAUGGAGAGAUAUGAAAGACAGAUGCAGCCAAGAGAGAAAUUCCCAAUAUACUGCUGUUAAAGGAAUGUUACAAAAAUGUCGGAUCACAAUAAGCAACUUAUUAAACAGCUGAUAAAAUCUGAGAAUAUUUUUUUUUC